UAUUUUUUUAUUCUAAACAAAAGAGUCUAUCGAAUUAAUCAACAAAGAAUUCAUUCAUUUCCUAAAUUGUUUUUUUUUUUUUUUGGCUUUAAGAAGUAAAUAAUAAAAGUGAAGUUUAUAAGCGAUAGCACAAAUUAUUAAAAAAUUAAAGGUUUAGACUCCAAAAGUAUACCGUUGGUAUAUGACAGAAAAAUUAAAAGAAAGCCUGGGGUCCCUUAUUUGUCGAGUAUGUUUUGAUUUAAGUAGUAUAUAUGUAUAAAUUGGUAUGAAUGAUAAGGAAUUAAAUGAAAUAGGGACGUAUUUCGUAUCCGAAUGACUAAAUUUAGUUGCAGUUAGAGUGCCCCCGCCCACUUGUAGAAUCAGCGGUUGAUUGUCGUACGUCAUAAAAUAAAGCACAGCAUGGAAAACAUUGGAGCAUAGUAGAAGUAACGACCAUAGUGUACGGAUAACAAGCUGCAGGAAAAACCUAUAUUUGUGUAGAUAUCAGCAGUGUGUUGUAAACAAAGGUAUUUGAGAAAAAAAAUAUGGAAUUUGUGGAGCUUAUACAGACACCAAAGCUGGAUGGAGUCUUUCUGCAUGACCACACCAAUGCCACUAUAGAGGGGCGUCUAUGCAUAACUGGACACCAUUUGUUACUGAGCAGCGCGCGGCAGGAAAAUAGCCAAGAACUAUGGUUGAUGCACAAAAAUAUUGAUUGCAUUGAAAAGAAACCAUAUAUGGUCCAAAACAACGUCGUUGGUGGGCUCAUAACAUUAAAAUGUAAGGACUUAAGAGUUAUUUCGCUUCGAAUCAAAUAUGCCAAGGAGUACUUAAACAUUGUUUCUUCGCUGGAGGCGUUGAGUUCGCUUAACAAUCCAGAGUUAGAGUAUCCUUUCUUUUAUCGCCCAAUGUACACAAUAUUGGAAGAUGGCUAUACAAUAUUCCGCCCCGAACUGGAAUUCGCAAAACUUGUAUCGUCUAGUUCUUGCAACAAUGGAAUAGGUGCAAUGAACAACUCUAACGUUGUUUUGAGUCCGCUUUCCACGUUACACUCUCCCUGUUCAAAUGAUCAUGACAACAACAUUGGCUCGGCAGGUGUUGGUUGCGAAUGGCGAAUUACUAACGUAAAUAAGGAUUUUAAAAUUUGUCCAACAUACGGAUCGGUUUUAAUAGUACCGAAACAAAUUACUGAUGAACAAAUAAUGCAAUCUGCCGCUUUCCGAGAUGGUGGCCGAUUUCCUGUACUUAGUUAUAGACACGAAAAUGGGGCCGCCCUCCUCAGAAGUGCUCAGCCGCUGUCAAUUCAAGGAAUAAAACGUUGCCGUGCCGACGAAGCCAUAUUAAAUGUCGUUUUGGGCCGCAGUAAAAAGGGAUUUAUUGUGGACACAUGGGGUAAAGGCAAGUCCAACACUGAGACGGAUCAACACUACUCGCAGUGGAAGAAGGUUAACCGUUCUAUCGGCAAUAUAUCUUCGCCUGCCGCAAUUUUAGACAGUUUUUCAAAGUUGAUGGAGGCUUGCAAUGAUGUGAAUUGUACACCUGACAAAUGGCUUUCCCGUCUAGAAAACAGCAAUUGGCUCAGCUUAGUAUUGGGCUCGUUAAAUGCUGCUUGCGUGGUUGCACAAUGUCUUGAUCAGGAAGGCAGUCCAGUCUUAGUUCAUGGAGCCAAAGGACUUGAUUCUACACUGAUCGUUACGUCUCUGGUACAAAUUAUCUUAAACCCAGAUUGUCGUACAGUACGCGGAAUUCAAGCGCUGAUUGAGCGCGAAUGGAUACAGGCUGGACAUCCGUUUGCCUCCCGGCAUCGUUACUCGUGCUACACGCCCUCCCAAAAUCGUCACAAAUGCAAUGGCGCAACAUUUGUUUUAUUCUUAGAUUGUAUUCACCAGUUGUACAAACAGUUUCCUUGCAGUUUUGAAUUCAGUACUCAAAUGUUGGUCCUACUUUUUGAACAUAGCUAUUUCUCUCAAUAUGGAACGUUUCUUUGUGAUUCCGAGAAAGAACGCCACGAGUUAAGAGUUCAUUCGCGCACAACCAGCCUGUGGUCAUACUUAAAUCGACCAGAAGUACUAAAGAACUUUCUUAACCCAAUGUACGAACCAAAUCCUCGUGUAAUAUGGCCUUCGGUUGCUCCAAUAAGCUUGGAACUAUGGAAUGAAUUGUACUUAAGAUGGAUUGUGGACCAAAAAAAUAGUGAGUGGACUGCAACUCAAAUUCAAGAACUUAUAACAAGCGAAAAGGAACUUAGAGCAAAGGCAAUGAAACUAAGGAAACAAGCAGCUGAGAUGGCUAAUGAGGUUUUAUCUAUGCUAAGCUCUAAUCACUGAACCAAUUUAAUCUAUUUAAAGCCUUUCUUUGAAAAACAACCCCCAUUUGAAACAACGUAUACAUCCAUGCAUAUAUCCAUACAUGAAAAAAAAAAUUCAUAACUUUCCAAUCUCGAAAUAUUUUGCAAACUAUAUAAGACUUUGAUAAGGGGCUGUCCUAUUCGUAUCUGCCACUUCAAGAAUUUCUAAUUCAUAUGCUUAAGCAUGUACUAGAUAUUUUUUUGUGUAAAAAAGAUAAACGUAUUUUUAUAUGCUUUACAUCUCUCUUAUAGUGCUAGUAGUAUGAAAAGUGUGAAUAUUCGUUUUAAGGUUCUAUUUAAUAAAUCAAUUUAUUUGCAUUUAACUUUAAGCAUUUCGAAUUUUCGUUUAUUACAAAUAUUGAAAAUAAUUGUAUUUUAUUGUUACAUUGUCGUACCGUGUUCCCCUAAUAAAAUAUAACAGACACGACAAAUUUC